CUGGGCCGUCAGUCAGUCAGUCAGUCAGUGUCGGUGUGUCUGCACGGCCGCGGCCCAACACCAGUGUGCAGUGUAGUGUAGUGUACAGCGGCUAUGGACGGGGUGGUCUGGGCCGUCUUGGUACUAUUGUGUGCGGCCCUCGCUACCGCCCAAGAACCAUCAGAGAACACAGUGUCAGGAGACGAUGAUGACGACUGCGGAACGCUAGAGGACGACGAUGGGAUAGCAUGCAAGAGUCACGAGGAGUGCUACACCCUGGGCCAGCAGUGCUGCGGACCUGAUGGCAGGAAGACCUGCAGGAAGACUGGGCUGAAGACAAUACCGGAGGAGAAACACGCACCUUUCCUGGGACUGAUACCUCGCGAGUGUCCACGAGAACCUCUGCCAGAACCCUUCCCAAUCCGCAACUGCACAUCUGACGCCGACUGCUGGCCCAGACUGUGUUGCCCGGACGGCAACCGGAGGUUCUGUAGGACAGCUCUGCCCCUCUGGGACCAGCUGCCUGCUCAGCGCCUUUUCAUGCCAGUACGCAACAUGUUGGCCUACCUGCAGUGCACACCGCCUCCUCCACCCAUCUAUGACCUGUUCCCCAAGAUGUGCAGGUCCACCCUAGAUUGCUUCCCCAACCUCUGUUGCCAGGAGCAGGAUCGCCGUGUCUGUCGACCGCCCAAGAAGUCAGUCUUGGCUUUGCUCGCCACCCUGGGCCAGAGGCAGAGAAGAGGGGAAUGGUUUGGAUGAGCUACUCUCAGAACGAAUUAAUUUAUUUAUUUUGUAAAUAUGUAAUUUAUAUUCAACCUUUGUAAAUAAACAUAUAAUUUUUA